ACUUUUGAAAUAUUGCAGAGUGCAGAAUCGGAUAUUCUUUCUCCUUCUAUAAAUAUCGAGCAUCUGAAGGCGUGUGCUCACCACACUCAAACUAAACUCAUUUGCCCUAAUCCGAUUUUGUAAUAACAUUAUUAAUUCUCAUAUACAUAUAUAUAUAAGGGGCCCCUAUAUAUAAUUAUAUAUAUUCCCAUGACUUCCUCUAACCAAACAAACGCCGCCGCCAGAUUUCCUCUCGCCGUCGAAACCGGUCGGCAGUUGGAAGAAAACCAAGAAUUCGACUACUCGAAAAGAUCCCAGUGGCUGCGCGCCGCCGUUCUUGGAGCCAACGACGGCCUAGUCUCGACGGCGUCUCUGAUGAUGGGCGUCGGAGCUGUGAAACAAGACAUCAAGGCCAUGAUUCUGACGGGUUUCGCCGGACUGGUUGCCGGAGCUUGUUCAAUGGCCAUCGGAGAGUUUGUCUCCGUUUACUCACAGCUCGACAUCGAAGUGUCCCAGAUGAAGAGAGAGAAGCAAAAGGCUGCCGCCGUCGUCGGCGGCGGCGUCGACGACGGCGGUUGUGAAAAUGAGGAGGGUUUGCCUAACCCGGUUCAGGCGGCUGCAGCGUCGGCGCUUGCGUUUACAGCUGGCGCGAUGGUCCCGAUGCUAGCUGCGUCGUUUAUUAGGGAGUAUAGGGUGAGGGUUGGGGUGGUGGUGGCGGCGGUGACGGUGGCGCUGAUGGUUUUUGGGUGGUUGGGGGCGGCGUUAGGUAGGGCGCCGGUGGUGAAGUCUUCGGCUAGGGUUUUGCUUGGCGGGUGGUUUGCGAUGGCUAUAACUUUUGGUUUGACAAAGUUAAUUGGAUCCAGGGGCCUUUAGAUUUUUUAUAUUUUAUUUUUAAUAUAAUGUUUUAUAAUUUUCUCAUUUUGUAUGUAAUAAGUUGAUAUUUGGAUCAACUAGUAGUAUCAUGCAUAUCCACGUAAUAUAUUAUUAUGGGUUAAUUA